GAUCAGACUGAAAAUUCUGUACAGUGAUCAUGGAGCUGUGGGUAUUCAUCGGUUGGGCAGCCCUCCUGCUGCUGGCACUGGCUUUCAUCUGCUUUCUCCUGUACUGUGGAUACAUCCAAUAUAUUCAUAUGAAAUAUGACCACAUCCCAGGGCCUCCCAGAGACAGUUUUAUCUUUGGACAUUCACUUACACUGAUGAAAGUGAUGCAGGAAAACUUGGUGAUUUAUGAUUAUUUUCUGGACUGGGUACAGAAGUAUGGCCCAGUUAUGCGUAUUAAUGGAUUCCACAGAGUAGCAGUGCUCGUUGCUAGUCCUGAAGGAGUACAGGAAUUUCUGAUGUCACCCAAAUACUCGAAGGAUAAUUUCUAUGAUUUUUUUGGCACUCUUUUUGGUGUAAGGUUCAUGGGAAAGGGUUUACUAACUGACCGAGAUUAUGACCACUGGCACAAACAAAGAAGAAUAAUGGAUCCUGCUUUUAGUAAAGCCUACCUGAUGGGCUUAAUGGACCCCUUCAAUGAAAAAGCCGAAGUGCUGAUGGAGAGACUUUCAGAAAAGUCUGAUACAAAAUGUGAAGUGAAUAUGCUCGACAUGUUCUGCAAAGUGACACUGGAUGUUAUUGGCAAGGUUGGUUUUGGAAUAGAACUAAAUUCCCUAAAGGAUGAUCAGACGCCCUUUCCGCAAGCAAUCUCACUGGUCAUGAAAGGAACUGUAGAAAUAAGAAAUCCCAUGCUAAAGUUUUCUCUGGGAAAGAGAGGGUUCAUCAGAGAAGUGCAGUCGAGCGUAAGGCUCCUUCGUCAGACAGGAAAGGAAUGUAUUGAAAGGAGACAGAAGCAGAUACAGGAUGGAGAGGAAAUUCCAAAAGACAUACUGACACAGAUACUGAAGGGGGCAGCUUUGGAAAAAGAUUGUGACCCAGAAACUCUAUUGGACAACUUUGUAACUUUCUUCGUUGCUGGACAAGAAACCACUGCCAACCAGUUAUCGUUUGCAGUAAUGUCUUUGGGGAGGAAUCCAGAAACUCUUAAAAAAGCCCAGGCUGAAAUAGAUGAAGUUAUAGGAUCAAAAAGAGAUAUUGAGUAUGAAGACCUCAGCAAAUUGAAAUAUUUGUCUCAGGUACUGAAGGAGACCUUGAGGUUGUACCCUACAGCUCCAGGCACAUCUAGGGCUCUUGAGAAAGAAAUCGUCAUAGAAGGAGUGAGGAUUCCACCAAAUGUAACUGUAACGUUAAACUCCUAUGUCAUGGGAAGGAUGGAGCAGUUUUACGAAGAUCCACUUACUUUCAAUCCAGACAGAUUCAGCCCUGAUGCGCCAAAGCCUUACUUCACUUAUUUCCCAUUUUCUCUGGGCCCACGAAACUGCAUAGGGCAAGUGUUUUCACAGAUGGAGGCCAAGGUAGUGUUGGCCAAAUUUCUGCAGAGAUAUGACUUUGAGCUGGCCAAUGGACAAAGUUUUAAGAUUCUAGAUACAGGGACUCUCCGGCCAUUGGAUGGGGUGAUUUGCAGACUGAGGUCUCGGACAAGCAAGAAAGAGGCCCACAUGUAGUUAUGGUGUAUACAUUAUGCUACGUGAAAUAUGAUACAUCCUUGCUUUCUGUCUUACCAUGUCCCUUUUAUUAUGGCUCAUGUUGAAGUGCUAGUUAUAUAUACAACAUGAAAUAUGACUUGGAAACAGAAAACUUACUUUUUUCUUAAUCUUUUAAUAUUUUUAAUUUACAUACUGACAGCCUUUACUAUAUUAAAUCCCUUUAAUAA